AUGAGCUUCAGACAGAGCUUCAACUUGGCCUCCCACCGGAUGAUCCAUACUGGGGAGAGGCCCUUCCGUUGCCCCGACUGUGGCAAGGGCUUCACCCACAACUCCAAGCUCAUGAGGCACUGGGGCAUCCACACUGGGGAGAGGCCCUACGAGUGUGAGCAGUGUGGAAGCCCAGCCAGCUCCGGAUCAGCAGAAAAUGUACAUGACGAAUGUGUGAACAGCUUCAGCCACAGCUCCAACUUGGUUGUUCACCUGAAGAGCCACAGCGGAAGAGACUUCUGUACAACUCCAAAUCCGGACUGUGGGAAAGGCUUCAAGUACAACUCCAGCCUCAUCAGCCACCAGCACACCCACACCCGGCUGAGGCCCUAUGAGUGUCCCGAGUGUGGCAAGAGCUUCAGCCAGAGCUCCUACCUAAUCUGCCACAGGAGACUCCACAGCGGUGAACGUCCCUAUGAGUGUGGGCAGUGUGGGAGAAGCUUCUGCCAGCGCUCCCACCUGAUCUACCACCUGAGGAGCCACACCGGCGAGAAGCCCUACCAGUGUGAUCAAUGCAGCAAGAGGUUUCAGAGCAGCUCUCAUCUUCUCAGACACCAGCGGAUUCACGUGGAGGAGCGGCCCUUUCUCUGCCCCGACUGCGGCAAGGGCUUCAAGCACAACUCCAGCCUCGUCACCCACCGCCGCAUCCACACUGGGGAGAGGCCCUUCCAGUGUCCAGAAUGUGGGAAGAGCUUCUCACAGAGCUCUACCUUGACCAGACACCAACAGACCCACCACUAA